AUGGUUAUGAGAUAUAAUCCAUCCCUACAAGGAGUCGCCCUGUCGCAUUCCAAUAUCACAUUUGUAAAUCCGGUUGCGACCAUCCAACGCGAUUGUCCAUUCUUGAUCUGCAAAGUCGCUUUCGACGCGACUGUAUGGAGCCCUCGCGUCGGAUUCAAACUUUCGGGUAAAGUCAAUCUAUGUUCACCAGACCACAUAUCCCUUCUUGUGCACAAAACUUUCAAUGCAUCAAUACCACGGAAUCAUAUACCCACGGACAUCUGGGAAUUUGAGUACGGCCCAGCCGAAAAUGACCCGGAAUUUGGGGAGGAAGCUCGCGCUAAUGAGAACGGAAAAGAAGAGGAUGGAGAAAACAGCACUGGAGGGAAAUGGGUGCAUCGAGUGACCGGAGAUGUUCUGGGAGGUGAUAACGGGUUGGUGGAAGUUACGGUUGUUGGUCUAACAGUCGCGAACGAGAUGCUUUCCGUGCUUGGCUCACUGCAACCCGACCCAUUUUCUCCACGGCAUGUUGUCCAUCCACCAAACGCAGAAGAGAAAGGCGAGAGUGGCGACGAGUCGGAAAGCGAGGAUGAUUCGGAGGAAGAAGGCUCGGCAGACUCUGAGGAGAGCGAGGAGGACACGCUGCAGCUGCUGGGGAAGCGAAAGGACGCGGAGGAGCAGCGGGAGCGGGCCGAGAAGCGGAAGCGGAAAGGAUAG